AUGAAGAAGGUGUAUAGUGAUGGAUUUAUUCAUGGAAGCAACAAUUUCAGGCAAGCACCCGAAUCAUCAGAGGACGACAACUUAUUCCACAGUCACAUGAACCAUGUUUUGAAUCAAUCUCUUUCUUUGGUUAUCAAAUUCCAGAGGAUACCACAAGACGGUAGUAUCAUCUCCAAGAUGGUUUCUCAAGAGCUUACAUCACUGUUCCCAAUACUAAUGAGUCUUUCCAAAUUGAUUGAAUCAAACUCUUCACUUGAAGAGCAGGGAACUCUGUGUAAACUUGCUGAAUGCCUCCUCUCAAUUGAAAUAUCAAAACGGGAUGGAACAACCGUAAAACCAACAACAAAUCUAUUAGAAAGAAUGGAUGCCGUAAAAGUUUCUUUUGAGAAUUUUGAGAGAACAUCUGCUCUCAUGGUUUUACUUGCAUUUAACUAUAUUGAUAAACCAUCCCUUGAUCAGGUUGAACAAUGCAUUGAACAUUGUGACUUGAUGCUCUAUAACUCAGAUAAGCUAGAACCUAGUGAUCUUACUUGCAUGGCCAUGAUUCUCUUUAAUAUCUAUAAGAAACAACCUUGUUUAGAAUUGCUUGGAGAUGCUUUUAUACUUUCCAGUUUUGCAAGUGUAGUUGAUCCUCUGGGAGCUGAAACUCUCAUGUUGCAGAUAGGAAAUUCAUUCAUUGUAAAAUUCAAACAGACAUUUUCUCCACUGUUAUCCCAACUUGUAGAGUUUCUUUCUAGAAGGAUAUCAACUUCAAAUUUGGGGUCAUUGUUGUUCUCUUCUGACACUUUUUGUGAAAUACUGUAUAGUAAUAUUACAAGAAACCUAAGACCAGAUAUUAUUCCUUCAUCUUCUUUCAAGUUUGGUGAAGAUUUAAAAUGUGUAUCACGAAAAGAGUUCAAAUCACAAAAUUUCCUUGAGGAUUUAUUACGAAUUGGAAACUCUAACGACUCAAACCAGCAGAUGUUAAGUUUGUACAAAACCAUCAACAGUACAUUCCUUUCAAUUGAUUCUUUCCAAACCAAAGCUCACAAACUGGCAUUAGUUUGUCAACUUGUUGUCAAGAAUAAGUUAGAAAUGGAUAGAAAUGAGUUGUUGAAUGCUUUGUUAGUCUGUAUUCAUAAUUUCCAUCUUGUUUUUGAAACACAGUCCUUUUCACACAUUUCCCACUCUUCAGAAUCGAUGCCUGUUAGUGGAAGCAAUACUCUCUGCUUCGAUUUGUAUUACUUUUCUGUUUUUCAAUUUUACAACUUGUUGACAGACCUCACUACUCUCAAAUAUCCUGCAGCUGAGAAUUGUUUCUAUUUCAAAAAUAUCAACAAUAGAUUCUUACAGUUUUUAUGGAAGAAAGUUAUUGAGAACUUACAACUUCUUCAAAACAAGAUUAGUGCAAGGCAGCAACCCAAAGAUUUUAAAGAUCACUAUUUAACAUCUAUUCUGUCAUCAUCUUUUGAGGACACACAUAAACACCAGUUGGAGGAGAUUAAAUCAAAUAUUGAACAGAUUACGAUCCUAGCAGAAGACAAUCAAAGGACAAUUGAUCUUCAAAUAGAGAAGGCCAAGGACAGAUUAAACCAUUUGAAUCAAUCGAAUCUUACUUCUCAAGAGAUUCGAAUCAUUAAAAGCUUUGGUACAGAAAUGCAAUCUUUAACUGGGAUUGAAUAUGAGUAA